UUUCAUUUGGUAAACUAAGGUAACUAUUGACACCGCAUAUCAUAAUAUCUACUAUCCAAAAAAGAAUUGUGAGGUUCUGUAAAGCAUGGCGUUGUCGAUAUUCUUGUUAUGCUGUGCAAUUGGAACAUUCAACUCAGUUGAUGCCAACUCAAUUCUUAGCCCCACAAUAUCAGGGACGAACUGUGUCAGAUCCCCUUGUGUUGUUCGAAAUGGAAAUGCGUAUACUUUCACCUUCCAGUACAAAGUGUUGAGAACCGGAUCAUCUCAAGAUUUGUCAUGGACAGCCUCGCUAGGCAAGGGGUCGCUGUUUAGCUCAGCUGAUACUCUGUUUGCGAACUACAACCUCUGCAACAGUGGAGGUGGCUUGGUCUUGCAGAAGGCAGCCUGUUCAGGGUUUACCCUAGAACAAGGACAAUACUAUACAGUCACCGUCAGUUCCCUUCAGUUCCCUAAAGUAAAGGAGACAAAGUACUUGGAUCUCUAUUUGUCAGACGGCAAACAAAAAUCUCGUCUUUCUGGAUUAGAGGUACGACCGUAAUAGAUAAAAAAGGAGUUCCCCCCCCACAGAUGUACUAUAUCAAAAUUUAUUUGUCAUGAUGGUAAUAUUUCCAUAAUAAACUAUGAUAAAUAUAUUGUUGAUUUCUUGGGGAUCCAGACUUUAAAUGACUAAAAUAAUGGCACUAGUAAAUACCAGUCUAAAUAGUUUUACACUACUGUUUUCUCCCAAAACUUUUAAGACGGUAGGCCCUAUCAGGAAAUUCUGAAACACUAAUAGCCACUAGUCCUAGACUUUUACGAAUCGCCAUAUGGGUUUCUUUUAACUUCAUAUUGCACACCGUCAUAAGAAGAGUGGUUUUGAUUUAUUUACAAAUCUAUUUACUAACGUUACGUAACACAAAUAAAAUGAAAAAAAAUAUAGUACAUAGUAUUUAUUAAAUUUUACACUGUUAAGAGAUCACAUUUUUUAUGAACUACCGUGAUAUGUUUGACAAUAUAUUUAUUAUAGUCCUAGAAAGUCGAUAAUAUUCAAACAACUGUUUUAAAUUGAUAAAAAGAGAUCGUGGUUGAAAACGUUAUUGAAGUACAAGGAUCGAUCAACCUCAGGAAUCAAGCAAUCAAAGCCAAACUCCAUCAACAGAGUUAGUUUCAGUGCAACUUUGUUGUCUGCGAGCAGUUUAACUCAUAGCUCCGGGUCAUCCGGCGCUCUGUACUUGUCAUAACUUCAAGUAGUCUUGUUAUUCAAUCGUGGAUAAACAUACUCGAUAUGUAAUAACGAUGUUAAGUAUAAAUACUUGGGUUUUAUUUAAAUAUAAUUUGAACAGUU